CCUAAGCUGGGGACGCCGAGCCCGGUGCUACAGGCGAGCCCCGCGGUCUAACCCUCCAGCCCUCGCGGAGCGCGGGAUUUUCCUGGGUGCGAGGACACUGCUCCUCCUCCGCGCACCACGCGCUAACAGUAGCUCCGGACAGCCGGACAGCGGGCAAGGUUCAUCCCUACACCCCAGGAGCGCGCAGCCCGCCAUGGACCGAAAGAAGAUCCAGUUCUCUGUGCCCGCGCCCCCAAGCCAGCUCGACCCCCGCCAGGUGGAGAUGAUCCGGCGCAGGAGACCGACCCCCGCCAUGCUGUUCCGGCUCUCAGAGCACUCCUCGCCAGAGGAGGAGGCGUCUCCCCACCAGAGAACCUCUGGAGAGGGCCACCACCCGAAGUCGAAGAGACCCAACCCCUGUGCCUACACUCCCCCAUCGCUGAAAGCUGUGCAGCGCAUCGCUGAGUCCCACCUGCAGACCAUCAGCAACUUGAGCGAGAACCAGGCAUCAGAGGAAGAGGAUGAGUUGGGGGAGCUUCGGGAGCUGGGGUACCCAAGAGAGGAUGAAGAGGAGGAUGAGGAUGAGGAUGAAGAGGAGGAUGAGGAAGAAGACAGCCAGGCGGAGGUCCCGAAAGGCAGCAGGAUGAUUGUGGGGCAGAAGCUAACUUGUGGGCAGGGUCUGGAGGGGCCCUGGGAGCGCCCACCUCCCCUGGAUGAACCCCAGAGAGAUGGAAACUCUGAGGACCAAGCGACACUGAGUGGUGAGCUUUGAAGCAAGGAGUUGGGAGGGAGCUGGAAACCUCCCGGGCCAAGCCAGGCCUUCAGCCUUCUUUGUCUUUCAGAGCCUGGAAAGGAGUCCCAGCACCCUACUCCUGAGCCCGGCACAUAAGCUCAGAGUCCUGCAUCUCCCAGGAGGAAGUGCUCCCCCAGAAACCCACUCUGUCCCCACCCUACUUUGUACCCUUCCUUUCACCUGCUAGGGCUGCGGCUUCUGACUUCUAGAAGACUAAGGCUGGUCUGUUUGCUUUGGCUGAAGCCCAGAGUCCCCGAUGCCUCUCCCUGCCAGUCAGUUCUCUCCUAUUUACCCGGUGGGAGGGGGGAGG